GGGGAGAGGACAGAGUACCUGCUUACGGCACUGGAGCCAGAGUCUUCCUAUAGGAUAUGCAUGGUUCCCAUGGAGACCAGCAACAUGUACCUGUCAGAUGAGAACCCUGUUUGCAUAGAGACAGAGACCGGUUCUCACAAAUCAUACAACUCGACUACAACUUUAAACAGAGAGCAGGAAAAAGAGCCUUACAAAAACCCCAGCCUGCCUUUGGCUGCCAUCAUUGGAGGGACUGUGGCUCUUUUUGCAAUAAUCAUGUUGGCACUUGUGUGCUGGUACGUCCACAGAAAUGGUUCACUUUUUUCCAGAAACUGCACCUACAAUAAAGGCCGUCGGAGAAAGGACGACUAUGCUGAGGCUGGCACUAAGAAGGACAACUCCAUCCUAGAAAUACGAGAGACUUCUUUUCAAAUGAUACCUAUAAAUCACUUGCCUGUGUCCAAGGAGGAGUUUGUGAUACACACGAUCUUCCCACCUAAUGGCCUGAGUUUAUACAAAAGCCCACAU